AUGGCGCGGGCCGGGCUGCGGCUGGCGCUCGGGCUGGGGCUGCUGGCGGGGCCGCCGUCGGGCCGCGCGGGGGCCCCGGAGGCGGCGGAGCCCGCGGCGCCCGGCACGGCGGCGCCGGCGCGGGGAGACCGCUGCCGCGGCUACUACGACGUGAUGGGCCAGUGGGACCCGCCCUUCAACUGCAGCUCCGGCGCCUACAGCUUCUGCUGCGGCACGUGCGGCUACCGCUUCUGCUGCCACGACGGCCCGCGGCGCCUGGACCAGAGCCGCUGCUCCAACUACGACACGCCCGCCUGGGUGCAGACCGGCCGGCCGCCCGCGCGCGCCCGCGACGCCGCCGCCGCGCACCGCGACCCGGGCCGCGAGCGCAGCCACACGGCCGUGUCCGCGGUCUGCGGCGUCGCGGCGCUGCUCGUGCUGGCGGGCGUGGCGCUGCGCCUGGGCCUGGAGCGGGCGCGCAGCCCCCGCGCGCGGCGCCCGGUGACCAGGACGCUGACGGAGCUUCUGAAGCAGCCAGGCCCCCAGGAGCCACUGCCCCCGCCUCUGGGCCCCCCUCUGGGCAGCUGUGUCCAAGUGCAGAUGGGCGAUGGCCUCCCCCGGGGCUCCCCCGACAACAGCGCCGACAAGAGCCGCCAGGACCACGCGGCCCUGGGGGCGGCCACUCCGGGGCCCCGGCGCGGCCCGCGGCCGCAGGGCAGCCUGGCACCGCAGCCGGACUACGCCAAGUUCGCCGCCCUUCAGGCCGCCUUCACGGCCUCAGAGGCCGCCCCGGACUUCUACCCGCGCCGCCCGGCGCCCGCCCCGCUCACCCUGCCCGCGCGGCCCCCGCGGGCCCCGGAGGACUGGUCCGCGCUGCUCGACGCCUGCCCCUGGGCGCCGCCCGGCUACGCGCCCCCCGCCGGCCCCGGCCCGGGGGGCCCCUGCAAGGCCUGGACCACUGGCCGCCCGGCCCGGCCGGCCCCCCGCGGCCCCCCGCGGGCUCAGGCCGCCCCCGCCCCCCGGCGGCCGGGCCACCCCCGGCGCGUGGAGAAGCUGCCCAAGGCCUUCCGCCCGCCCCCCGGCCCGUACAGCUGCGCGGGCCGCGGACACCUGAGCACCAACAGCAAAGCGGAGGUCACCGUGUGA